GCCAUGGGCGCUGCCCCCUCUGCGGUGGGGACUUCGGGGACGGCCAGCCAGGGUGGCAUGGUGCACAGCCUGCAGGAGCUGCGGCGCAGCGCGUCCCUGGCCACCAAGGUCUUUGUGCAGAGGGAUUACAGUGACGGGACCACAUGCCAGUUCCAGACAAAGUUUCCCCCUGAGCUGGAGAGCCGGAUUGAGCGGCAACUUUUUGAGGAAACUGUGAAAACCCUAAAUGGCUUCUACGCCGAGGCAGAGAAGAUUGGGGGCAGCUCAUACCUCGAGGGGUGCCUGGCCUGUGCCACUGCCUAUUUCAUCUUUCUCUGCAUGGAGACACACUAUGAGAAGGUCCUGAAGAAGAUCUCCAAGUACAUCCAGGACCAGAAUGAGAAGAUCUAUGCGCCACGGGGGCUGCUGCUCACUGACCCCCUGGAGCGUGGCAUGAGGGUCAUCGAGAUCUCCAUCUAUGAGGACCGGUGCAGCAGCGGCAGCUCCAGCAGCGGCAGCUCCAGCAGCAGCAGCGGCGGUGGUGGAGGUGGAGCGGGGGGCCGGUGACUGGCAGGGAGUCCCUGCGGGGACUCGUACUGCCGGGACAGUGGCCUCUCCGACCUCCGCAGGCUGCACUACCAGAGCACCCGUUUCUGAGCCCCGGGAGAGCAGGAGGGGGAGGCCGGGGCUACCUAGUGGGGCUGCCCACCCCACCUGCUCUUUGUCCCUCCCAGUGGGUCUGCCUCUGCUCGGACCCACUGUGGGCAGGGACCGGUGCCGGGGCAUUCCAGGUGCUUCCCACUGAGCCAAACUAUUGCCAAGGGGCUCCUGCUACGGCCCUCCAUGUGCUUGGUGCAGCCGCCCGUGCCGCAAGCGAAAGGAGCGUGCCCCGCUCCCGGCGGUCCCAGCUGGCAGCGUCCCUGCACCGGGGAGCUCCGGGACUGGCAAAGCCUCAGGCAGCGCUUGGCAAGGGACACACACUUAACCCCACGGCCACAGACACUGACAGCUCCUGCUUGGGUCACCCUGCUCUUGGUGCUGUGCUGUGGGCUCGCCUGCUGCUUGUCCACCAUUCAGGGGGCCUGGCAGAGCAUUGGUGCCGCUUCUUCUGCAUGAUGGGCCAUGCAUUCACUCCAGCACGGCCCCACCCGCUGCCCCAUUGCUGCUCCCCUGGCCCCUCCCUGAUCUGGCACUCCAUCCUCUCCAGCAGCAUCCUUCACUGCCAUGACACUGGGCACUUGCUCCUGCUCCCUGCAUGACCUGCUGCCAUCUCCAGCUGGACCCAAGUAUUUCUCCAGCCUGGUGUCCAGGGCGGGGAGGUGCAGUGCUGGGCACGAUGCUGUCCCUGUGCCGUGUGCCCUGGGCUCAUUCAUGGCCUGGCACAGCUGAGACUGAGCUGUGGCACGGGUGAGGCAGUCUCCCUGCCCAGUCCUGGCAGAGUUUGCCUGUUCCUAGCUGCCAGCAGCCCCCUGCCUACUCUGCCCCAUGACCUGCCCUAAUGCAGGGAGGGUGCGCAGCGGAGCAGCUCCAUAAAACCCUUCCUCUCACACUGCUGAUCCUCCCCUGCCCACAUGUCCUGCAUGCAGCUGCCACCAGCACCCCAAUUCUCAGCCUGGCCUGUUAGAGGGGACCUCGAGGGGCACCUGGGCCUGGUGGCAAGGUGUGGAGGUUCACGGUCCAGGGUCAGAUAGGGGGAAACAGGAGGGUCCCUGUGAUAUCCAGCACCCCGAGGAGAAGAACUCCUAUCUGGGUGCAGGGCUGAACCGAGCUGGCAUUUCUCUCCUGGGGCCCUGGAGGGAGGACUCUGCCCCGUGGGACUCCUUUUGGCUCGGUCAUGAUGUGUGUGUGUGUGGGGUGGCCCUGGCCUCAACGUUCCUGCUGGAGCCCCCCACCCCUGCAUGGAGACCUUCCUCAAUAAACCCCACAGUUCUUCCUCCACUGCC